AUGGUUGCUCAGAUUGAAAAACGGAAGCCUGACGCUCAAAAUAUGAAGAAGCGGCGUUUUCUGAUGCUGCAAAAAUUGAAAGAAGAGGGAAAAUAUUUCUCGGAGGAGAAGAUGAGAGAACGUGAGCCGUACCUCUAUGAUGUUAUGGUGGGGAAAUUCACUGACGCAAAAGAUCAGUUGAAUCUUCGCCCUUCUGUAUCUCGUGAAGAAUGUCCAGAGGGAGGAUGGGCCAGUAUGCUUUGCCAGUUUGAAUCUUCUAGAGAAAUUGCGCAACGGCGAAAUGAGCACCACACAGAGUGGCACAGAGACAGUGGGGACGCGGAGAUGCUCGAGGAUGGUAUGGACGACUCACCAGAAAUAUUACGGCGAGAGUUUCAGCUGUACAUGGAAGAGCGUUUCUUGGCAGGGCACGAUUCCAGAUUUUUCGACUACGAUGCGGUUGACAAUGAUGUGUCCCUGGAUGAGGUAGACGAAAUUCAUGAGCGCGACAUGGAAGAGAAGUGGUUUGACGCUGAUGACGAAUAA